AUGGCAGCUAUUAUUGAUCGAUCAGUCCCCAGUUCUUAUGAACGCAAUAACAAUGCCAUUCGCUCACAAUCAAUUGACCUGACAUCCCCUCGAAAAGCUAGAAGGUCGGAUGGCUCAUCAACCUCACAAGUUUUUGGUGGUGGCUACUCCACCAACACAUCCAGUGAAUAUCCUGACACUGGGGUUACACGCAAAUAUAGCUUCGAUGUGAACUAUGCUACCAUCGCGCCUGAUGGCGUUUCCAGACAGUCGAUUUUGAUUAAUGGACAAUUUCCAGGACCAACAAUUGUGGCCAACUAUGGUGAUUGGAUUGAAGUUGAGGUUACAAAUUCGUUGCCGGAUGAAGGCACUACCAUUCAUUGGCAUGGCAUGCUGCAAAAGGAAUCGCAAUGGAUGGAUGGCGUGCCUUCCGUACAGCAGUGUCCUCUUGCUCCGGGUAAGACAUUCACGUAUCGCUUUCGAGCCGAUCAAGUAGGGACUACCUGGUGGCAUUCUCACUACUCAGGACAAUUCACGACCGGUGCUUACGGCGCAUUGAUCAUCAACGGUAACGAAAACAGCGAGUAUGAUGAGGAUAUUGGUCCUAUAUUUUUAUCAGACUGGUAUCACGAGACUCUGAAUCAAGAUCUGAACACAACGAUUCAUAGUGGCAAUUCCCAACCUCCACCUGUCGAUAAUCUUCUGAUAAACGGGAAGAUGCCUUUCAACUGCUCUAAAACCACACUCCCAUGCACUCCCAAUGCGCCAUUGAGCAAAUUCUUCUUUACGCCGGGAAAGAAAUACCGCCUGCGGUUGAUCAAUUCAAGUGCGGCCACGAAUGCGAAGUUCUCUAUCGAUGGGCAUACGUUUACCGUGAUAGCUCACGACUUCACCCCUCUUCAGCCGUACAAAACAGAUUUGAUCUCCUUAGCCAAUGGUCAGCGUGCUGAUGUAAUCGUCGAGGCAAUCGGGGCACCCGGAUCAUCUUACUGGAUGCGAUCUGACCUUGGUGACGGUACUAAUCAAAGAGCAUGCAUUGAUGCAGUAACCUCACCCAUCCGAACUGCUGUUGCCGCAGUCUAUUACGAUGGCGCGGACACAAAUUCUCUACCUACCACCACGUCCUCGAUUGACCCUGCGAGACUGUUACCUUGCUCAAACGAUGCACUUAAUCAGACCGUGCCUGUUAAAGCGGUAUCAUCAGAUAUCCAGGGAGAGCUGACCACGGUCGAAAUGUAUAUCAACUUUACACAUCUUGAUAACCCCUCUAUUAAUUCUUGGACCAUCAACGGUGCUUCCUAUCAUGCGGACUUCUCAAGGGCUCUUCUUUCCGAUGUCAAAUCUGGUAAUGCAAACAGCGCUUCAGACACAUUUUUAUACAACUUUGGUAGCAACGGCACCGUACGUCUCGUGUUGUACAAUUUGUUCCCAUUCACUCAUCAUCCAAUGCAUCUGCACGGAUUCAAUUUCCAAGUUCUCGCUGAAGGCUUCGGUACGUGGGAUGGAACUAUAACAAAUCCUGACAAUCCUACACGACGUGACGUCGUAGUUCUAGACAAGGCUAUAUUCAACCCCAAUGGGCCAGCCACACCUGCGUAUACUGUGAUUCAGUUUUUCACAGACAAUCCAGGAACUUGGCCCUUCCACUGCCACAUGUCUUGGCAUAACAGCGCUGGCUUAUUUUCAAAUCUUUUAAUUAGACCUGCAGACGUGGAGCGGCUGACCAUCCCCGACUCCAUUACUCAGAUUUGCAAGGACUGGAAUAGUUGGGAUUCAGAAUCAGGUUACGAACCAAUCGACUCUGGUAUCUAA